AUGACACCGGGACUCUCAGAAGAUCGCGACAAACAAGUUGAAGACAGCCCACCCCCGAUAACCGUAGCCACUUCUAUUGCCAAAGCCAAUGCCAAAAAGUGCAUCCUUUCUAGUGCCACCGCAAAAGAGGGCCGGGUCAACAAAAACAGCGGCUACGAGCUUCUCGUUCGCCUUGGGCUGCGGGACGGUGUAUUCACUCACCGUGCCAAUCCCAAUAUCACCUUGCAGGCUACCGUUCCGCCCUCUGUCGAGCGCGAUGAUAUGUCCGGUGGCAUCACAAUUGCCACUUCUACCCAGCCAGCCACCAAGGUUACAGUCACAAUUGAGCACGACGAUCCUGCGACCUUCUUUCUCAAAGACAUGGCCAACGGCACCGAGAGUGAGCGCGAGUUUGCGCAGGCUGCGAUGAACGCCGAUCGAGACUUUAACCCUAUGGGACACGGUGAUCCUGGCAGGUCCUGUACCAACCGCGACCAUGAUUGUUGA